CCUCAGGCAGAAGAAGUAAACCUGGGCCCAUGUAAGGGUGCCCGUCGUCAAACAAAUCUACCCAUGCAUCGCCAUUUUCUUCCACUUCCAUCUCUGUUGCUAAGAGCUAGUGACUUCAUCGCAUAGUCUAUAGAGUAACCAACAUGAUCGGUACCGAUCAACCAUGUAAUAAUAGGGGUCACAGGUAAAAGGCACCCCUCACUAGUUGACUACGAUUGCCGAGCCUCGUCAUUUCGAAAAAGGCGGGCCUGAGAGAUCUUGAUGGACCCGAUAACCAUCAUCGGCCUAGCCGCCUCCAUCGUUCAGCUCAUCAACUCCGCCAAGAAGGUCGCCGGCGUGAUCAGGAGCUUCAAAGAUGGCGAGAAGGAACUCGCGACGCUAGCCCAGGACCUCUCCGUCUUUACCGAGGCGUUGAUCAGCUUUGAUCGAAUCUUGCGGAGCAAACACACCCUGCACCGUGUCUCCGGUCCCGUCAUCGAAGAUAUACUAAGCCAUUCUAAUAAGCUCUUACAAGAGCUCGAGACUUAUAUCAGCCAGAUAGGAAGCUCGAGCUUGGCAACCAUACGCCGGGCAAAAUGGGUUCAGCACAAGUCCUCCGUGAGGAAAAUUCACGACAAGUUAAAAGAGAAGAACGCUAUGUUGCACACAUUCUUGUCCAUCACUCAUGCCGAGAGCUUCAUGGCCAUAACGAGUCAGAUCCCAAAUUUUAUGCUCUCGCAGCUCAUCGAAGGAACAGAGACCACCAUUACAGAGCCGGCUGGCAGUGACGACUUAACAAGAAGCUCGUCUAACUUACAAGUCCCCAGCAUCGGGUUCCGCCCGAGGAAAAACAGCAACAGCUCCAACGCCACCAGCUCCAAUGCCUCAGACGCCACGUCUCUAAUGGAACGGAUAUCCUUGGCCAGCGCGGCAACUAGCAUCGAAAGCUCGACGUCCUGGGGCUCCAGCGACUCGGCGCUGGGCAUCGCCGAGCCGGAAACCCAAGCUCUUGCCAGGACGAACCUCACGCACCAAAACAAGCGGCAGCUGUUCCUCCAAGACAUGUUCGUCACGCGCCGGUCGUGCCGCUACAGCUGCCACUGCCAGUGCCACGAGGAGCCGGCUGCGAAACCCCGACACCGUUUCAUGGGAUCUCGCGGCGGCUCGAAGAACCAGAAGCCGAAAUGCACCGACCCGGCCUGCAGGGGUAAUGGCACCAUAGAGGAUACGGCAGAAGAGUACUCACGCUCCUUCCGCAAGGUCUUGUCGAACGUCAUGUCGGCCAAGAGCGUAGAGGUACGCUACGAUCUCCGGACAUUCCGGAUGGUUCCCGAAGGAUCGGACGCGGUGCGAUAUGUGAAGCACGGUAACCUGGAGAAGCUGAAGGGGUGUAUCGAGUCCGGGGAAGCUACAAUAUGGGACACGGCGCCUGAUGGGUGGUCGCUGCUACAUGCUGCUGCAUACAACAGGCAGACCGAAAUAGUGAAAUAUUUGCUAGAAAUUGGAGUCGCAACCCAUACCGGCGACAUCGGAGCCAGAGUACCGGCCGAUUUUGCUGUGCUCAAGUCUAUAGGCAAAGACGCCACCGAGAACGAGAAAAAGCUUGUGGCGCUUUUCGGCGAUCAAGAUGACGUCCUCGCGGAUUUCGAGUUUACCCCCAUACACGUGGCAGUACUAGACCUAUACAGCCCCGAAGACCGCGAGCGGCCAUCCAUUGAAAACCUCCUCCAACUAACGGACGACGCGAACAACGCCCCCGCGACUACAAACUGGGCGCAAUGGAAGCAGCAAUACCGGCACCGCUCCCCCCUCUUCUCCUCCAUCCUCGAGUACUUCCGCGCCUCCGCCUUCUCGCUUCCCCGAGGAACCAAAGUAAUCCACCACCUCAUCGACCAGAAGGACAAAAAGUACCACUGGACACCGCUGCACUGGGCCGCGUCGUCGGGCCGCGUGGAGGCAAUGCACACGCUGAUAAACUACGGCGCGGACCCGCUGCUGUUGUCGAAUUUGGGCGCGAAUAUUAUCCAUGCGGCGGUCGAGUCGAAGGAUGAUAGGGGGCUUGUUGCUGCACUGGAGAUCUGGAAGCGGUGUCGCGGCAUUGGUGGUGGUGGUGGUGGUGGUGGCUCGGACCAGGGAGGGAUGGACAUCAACCAGGUCAACGUCUGGGGCGAGACCGCCGUGCACGUCGCCUCAUGCCUCUCCGCGUCGUGCGUCAAGUUGCUGCUCGAUGCCGGCGCUGACCCCGAUGUGCAGGAGGAGAACGGACAGGUGGCGUUGCAUUUUGCGGGAUUGUCGGCGCAGAGUAGUCAGAGGCCUGCUAUUGUAGCCGUGUUGUGCAGUCACGGUAGCAGCAGUAACAACAGUAAUAAUAAUAAUAAUACGCCAAACACAACACCAACACACGUCAACACGCAAGACUCCAACGGCCGCCCACCCCUCUUUGAAUUCCUCGACGACGCGCACUGCGUCGAGCUCCUGCUCCAGCACGGGGCAAGCCUCGACAUCACGGACGACGCGGGGCAGAACGCGGCCCAUCGCGCUUGCAACGACGGGGAGACUGCCGCGUUGCAGGUUAUGUUGGAGUAUCUAUCGUCAUCAUCCUUAUCGAACUCCCACUCAAACUCCGACUGUGGCUCCAGUUCCAGUCCUAGUAGCGUAGAGGCGAUCCUUGAGGCGCGAGACCACAACGGCAACACGCCCCUCCUCACCGCGCUCUCGAACUCCCAUAUCCCAUGUGCCAUGGCCCUACUCCAACACCCCCACCCCCAUCUCUAUCUCCAUCCUCAGUCCCAGCACCUCGUGGGCAAAGACGGCUGGGCCCCAGUCCACUACGCCGCCAAGAUCGGCGACCCAGCGCUUCUCCGCCUAGUGUGUCAGCACCCCAGCUUCCGGAAGGCGGCGAAGACGCUUGACGGGAAAAGGGCGAGCAUGGUGGCGAUGGAGGCGGGGACGUGGGAUGGAAGUGUGAAGGAGGUUAUUAGGGAGUUUGAUUAUAUACAGGUUGAUUGGGGGGAUUAGGGGGGUUGAGAUUUGGUAGAUGUUGUUGUUGGAGUGUUGGGGGGUUGGGGAAAAGGGGGGAAGAAGAAAGAGGGGGGGGAGGUGGAAUGCAGUUUAUAUUAUUUGGGGUGUUGGGUUAGCUCGCGUAAUGGCGUAUAUAAUCUUCCACAGCGUUAAAUCUGCAUUAUGAGAUACCACUGUUUUAUUCUCACGACACAGAUCCUGUUUACUUUGUACAUGGCAUUUGUACUUACCUACAUACCUACCUAAUACUUGAACUAGCCAUGAAGGUAUUGCCUUCAAAAUGGCAUUCAAAGAAACAGCCGGCGUAUUGUAGCCCUAGCACCACGCAUAAUGCUCAUUAUUCACCCAAACCACACCCUCCCCAUCAUCCCCAUCCCCACCACCACCACC